CCUGUAGUUUAAGGAAACCCGUCAGUGCGAGCACACAGGAGGUUUGAGGAUUCCAUGCGCAGGUGUGAAGUAAGGCAGACUGCAACCCUAGGUUCAUUAGAAGAUGCAUCAAGGUCGUCUAAGACUGCGACCCUGGCUUGAGGAGCAGAUACAGUCAGGGAAAUACCCAGGGGUCACCUGGCGUGAUGAGACAGCUCAAGUUUUUCAGAUUCCUUGGAAGCACGCGGCUCGACAUGGUUGGAAUAUAGACAAGGACGCCACUUUGUUCCGAAACUGGGCGAUACACACAGGCAGAUACAAACCUGGGAUAGACAAGCCUGAUCCAAAGACAUGGAAAGCUAACUUCCGAUGUGCCCUGAACUCUUUACCCGAUGUGAAAGAGCUACAAGACAAGAGCAUCAAGAAGGGCAGUAAUGCUUUUAGGGUUUACAUGAUGCUGCCUGUUAUUAAAAUGACCAAACAAAGAAAAGGACUAAAGGAGUCAGAAGUUGCCAUAAAACAAAAUUUGAUCUCCCUCUCAGAAACUCAGGCAGGUUCUUGUGCGCCACUGGAUAGAUUUGCAGAGGUUUUCCUGAAGUAUAGAGGCGGGCAGGCCAGUCACAGCCCUGGUAUAUUUCAUGUCAAUGACAGUUACCCUCCCUACAACACCAUAAAGGAUGAACAGUCACCAGAACAGUCCUACUCUCACCAGUCUUCCUUAACACCUGAAGUGCAUGAAAGAUCUGAUACUACCACUGACGACAAUGAGCAAGCAGAGGCUGUGUUCAAGAUAGUUGACCACCUAAAAACCAUAGAGCACUGGAGCCAGUCUAAUGAAAACAGAAGCUGGAGGGCAGCAGCCACCGGCUGGGUGGACUGUUACUGUAAGGCACUUGGCUACUGCCUACUUUCUCUUUACUCUCUAAAACAGACAACUUUUUCAAAUAAUUUCCUCAGAUAUGGUUAACUUUUUUGGGUGGGAAAUUCUUCUCAAUAUGUUUAUCCUCCACUCUACAGGUGAGGAUAUGGAUUACUUGGGGUAUCCCUUACAGACCGAUUGCUACACACACAGUGCACAGCAAAGACCACUUCUAUAAGACGAGUGGGAUCAACAUGCAUCUAACAGACUGCCGUGCUAAAAUCCCUGAAAAAGGUGGAGACAUUUUUCUUCCAAGCCAGGCACAACUCUAUAAUGCUGUAUUCAGAUGAACUGGAAGACUGACCAAGCAGUUGAGAGCACAUACAGUACAUUAAAAACUGAGUUUAACACAUUAAGCUGAACAGGUAACGACUGUCAUUGUAGAAUAGAUGUUUUCCCCUAAAA